AUGGUAAAAACUCGACACCAGUACACAAUGGAACAACAAUCAAGUAAUGCAAACAUGGAUACACAGACACAUUCAGACACAGAAAUUAAUACAGACACGCAAACACAUCAAAAUAAUCCGCUACAGACACAAAUAAACGCCGAGAGGAGCAAUUCAGAACCAAACCUGAGAGACCACGUCACGUCUAAUGACGCGGCGGGGGCAAGCUCAUUUUGCAAUCAAAAUUUUGGCGCUAUACUGAAUUCAAUUUUGGAAGGCAUAUCCAAUAUUAAGCAAGAUAAUGACGAAAAAUUCUCACAAUUAAUGACAGACAAUGCAGCCUUCAGGAAUGACAUAAAAUCAGACUUCGCCACACUGACUCAAAAGGUAGAUGAAAUUAAUACACGUCUUUCCAAACAGGUCGACGAUCUUACGGAAAAAUUCGAAAAUUUAGAGUUACGACAAAGCGACAAUGCCAAUCACAUCCAUGACUUGACAAAAACCUGUGAAACUAUUAAUUGCAAACUAGAAUCAAACACGCACGCAUGUGACGAAAUUAAUUUAAAGGUACAACCCAAUAGUACACCCACUACACAUUUUUACACACACAGAAGAAAAUCUCGAUUCGGGAAUGAACACAUGUACUCACACGAAUUUCAACACUCAAAUACACAAUACACUGACACGCAUAGCAACAGAUACCCAUCACCUGAAAUACAAUACAAUUAUCAUUCUGAUGAAGAACCAUGUACACACAGGGAAGAAUUCAAUGAUUACACGGAAAGAAACAGACGAACACGUAACAAAGAAGAAGAAAGUCUAUUCAAGCACCUAAACAUGCAAAACAGUCACCACAACUCACAGCUGCACACAAACAACAACUACAACUAUGCACAGGGAGAUAACCCGUACAAAAAACGAAGAAACAACAAUUUUAAUUCAAGAAGCAAUAAUGGAAACAACAACGGACACAAAGCAAAACACAAACACUGGCAAAGAAACAACAACACAGAUUACACAAGAAAUGGAACACUUACACCGCACUUUAAUCAGAACGACAACCAGUAUGAUGUGAGACAGUGGCAAACACCGCAACCGCCACCACAAAAUCAUAUUCAGAUGCCACAAGGGAAUUUUGCGCAAACAAGCAACACAAACCAACAAGUGACUUCAGCCAACCGAAAACAGACAGGUGAUUGGCAAAGACAAUAUCCAAAUCCCUUAGCAGAGUAUGCUGAUACAAAAACAAGACAAGCUGACAGACUAAAUGACCGGAGACAAUUGCUGCUCUGA